AGACCGUAGUCCACACCCAAAUUUCCCCUCCUGCCAAGUUUAGAACAGCUCUGCCCGCCUCCCGCCGCCCAUGGAUUCCCCCGCCUCGUAGAAUCUGCACGCCAAAGCCCCGGAUUCUCGCCAAGGGGUCCAGCUGCGACGAGCCGAGAUGAGCCGGCCAUCGAGUUUCGUGCCGACGCCUGACCAGGAUGUGCUGGACAUCAAGCCCCUGAGGACCCUGUCUCCGAUGUUCCCGGCGCCGCUGGGGGUCAACACCUUCAACCAGCCGUCCAGCCCCGGCACCCCGCCCAUGGUGUUUGUCACUACAGCUGGGCAGUUUCCUGGGCUCAGGUCAUUCUCUGCUUUCGGUGCACAAGAUGCUGCUGGAGGGCGGCCUGCUUCGUCCAAUGCCCAGGCUACAGGUUUUGGUGGCCAGUCUGGUAAUGGAGGCCAUGCUGCCGGUUUUGGUGGCCAGCCUGCUGGGAGUGGAGGCCAGGCUACAGGUUUUUGUGGCCAGUCUGCUGGGAAUGGUGGCCAUGCUACAGGUUUUGGUGGCCAGUCUGCUGUUUAUGGAGGCAAGACUGCUGCCAAUGGGACUUCAAAUGCAGGCGCCAGUGCUGACGUGCCAAUUGAUGCCACCCCUAUCUCAGUUUGCAAGCCGACGCCGCCACCUACGAAUGCAGGCGCCAGUGCUGGCACACCAAUUUACGCCACCCCUCUCGCAGCUUACAAGCCUAAGACGCCAAAUGUCAUACAACUGGAUGAUGACGAUGACGACAACGAUGAUGAUGAUUACGCUGUCAACCAGACAUCAGCAUCUGGGCGAGCAAUCAAGAGGCCAUACCGCCUAAGUGGAUAUAGGACGAGUGGUGGUUUGGGCAGUGACAGCAAUAGUGGAGUGAAGAUCAAGCGGCAUAAGUCCUCUAACAGGAUGGCUGGUACUGACCAUGAGUUUACCUUGGAGCCCCAUUCGUCCAGCGAUCCCAGGGAGGUUGUGGAGGAGGUUCUCAUGACCUUCGAGGCACUGCGGCGUAGGCAUCUUCAGUUGGAUGAGGCGCAAGAGACUGGCAAACGUGCAGACCUUAAGGCUUCUGCCAUCAUGAAUGCCAAGAAUCUUAGGGCUAACGCUGGGAGGAGGAUCGGAGGUGUCCCUGGAGUUGAGAUAGGGGACAUUUUCUACUUCAGGAUGGAGCUAAGCAUUAUUGGGCUGCAUGCUCCUAGCAUGGCUGGGAUUGAUUAUAUGACUGCCACGUUUGGUGAUAGGGAUGAUGAUUCUGUGGCAAUAUGUAUUGUCGCUGCAGGUGUUUAUGAGAAUGAUGAUGAUGCCACAGACACGCUAGUCUACAGCGGUUCGGGAGGUAAUAACAGGAACAAUGAGGAUAUGCAUGACCAGAAGCUUGAGAGAGGUAACCUUGCUCUUGAGAGGAGCCUGUCGAGAAAGAACGUGAUCCGGGUUGUACGGGGAUAUAAAGAUCCAGGUUGCUUGGCUGGGAAGAUUUAUAUGUAUGAUGGCCUCUAUAAGAUUCAUGAGUCCUGGAAGGAGAGAACAAGAGCUGGUAUCAAUUGCUUCAAGUACAAGCUGGUGCGGGAACCGGGACAGCCUGAGGGAUUUGCAAUCUGGAAGAUGUCACGAAAAUGGGUAGCGAAUCCAGACACUAGAGGCAAUGUUCUACACCCUGAUCUAUCAUCUGGUGCUGAGUAUCUCCCGGUGUGUCUUGUCAAUGAUGUUAACAGUGAGAAAGGACCGGGCCUUUUCACCUAUAUUUCUGAGGUCAAAUACCUGAAGCCACUAAGUUCUCUGAAACCAUUACAGGGUUGUAGAUGCGUUAGUGCUUGUCUGCCUACUGAUUCCACUUGUGGCUGUUCGCAGUGUAAUGGAGGUAACUUACCAUAUAGUUCAACGGGGUUGCUUGUAUGCCGCAAACCUAUGAUAUAUGAAUGUGGUGAAUCUUGCCUGUGUUCAGUUAACUGCCGUAACAGGGUGACCCAGAAGGGGGCUAAGAUUCACUUUGAGGUCUUCAGGACAGAGAAUCGAGGCUGGGGUCUUCGUUCAUGGGAUCCUAUACGGGCUGGCUCAUUCAUUUGCGAGUAUGUUGGUGAGGUUAUUGAUGAUGAGAAAUUCAGUCUGGAUGACAGCAAAGAUGAUUACCUUUUUCAGACUGUGUGCCCUGGUCGGAAGACAUUGAAAUGGAAUUAUGGGCCUGAAUUGAUAGGGGAGCAAAGCGCAAAUGUUUCACCUGAUACUUUCGAGCCACUGCCAAUUAAGAUAAGUGCAAAGAAGAUGGGGAACAUCUCACGUUUCAUGAACCAUAGCUGUGCCCCUAACGCCUUCUGGCAGCCAGUUCAAUUUGACCAUGGAGAUGAUGGUCACCCACACAUCAUGUUCUUUGCGCUCAAGCAUAUCCCUCCCAUGACAGAGCUGACCUAUGACUACGGUGAGAUUGGAGCUGAUUCUAGUGGUAUAGGUUCUCCUAGAGCCAAGAGCUGCCUCUGUGGAUCCUCAAAUUGCCGGGGCUACUUUUGCUGAUUAUGGAAGAUGUGAAUUCUGUUUCUCAACAUGCCAAUCUAUUUUCUAGAUCAUUUUUUGGCCGUUCUGGUGGUACCUGGAAGAAGGGAAGUGUGCUCAAGUCUGAUGGAGGUAGGAGCGUCUCAAGUGGCUUGCCUCAUGACUUGGCCGUAGUGGAAGUAUGUAGUAGAUUAUUGUCAAACUCCGCAAACUGCAAUGCCCGUUGUGACACAGGCAUGUUCUGAGUUCUGACCGUAGGCCUUGUGAGGUCAAUUUUGGUACUAGGUUAAGUUGAACUAAGCUCUUUGCGCGCAACUGUGAAUUCAAGCGCGUAAAGUGAAACUACCGACUAUAUCCAGAUUAAUAGGUUGGCAUAUUGUUCAGAA